CCUCUCAGCAGCUCUCUGUGCACCACACCGACCGACCAUGUUUCCACGGCAUUACAUCAAGCUGGCCGAAGGGCUGCCGCCGCGUCUCACCCGCUUCUUCGCCCGCUAUCCCCCACAAGCCAUCCUCCCACCCAAGGAACAAGAAGCCGCUGCCCAGGCGCCUUCGCCCUUCAAGCCGCACAAGCACCCGGUCACUGGCAAAUGGCAUAACCCGGUGUUCUCGCUGCGCCGACAGGCUGAACUUGUCAAGCUGGCGCGGCAGCAUGGCGUUGAGGAGCUGCUGCCACACACAGUAAAGGGCACGGAGGAGCGGAUCCGGAGGAGAGUAGAGAAUGGGCUCCGGGUUAAGGGAACUGGUGUUGGGCAGCGCGUGAAGGGAAAGGAAUCAGAACGCAUGCUGAAGGCACGGUUGGAGAAGCGCAGACAGGCGAUGUUGGAGAUGCCAAAGAUGAUCCAGACAUGGAAAGAGAGAGGUCAUGGUCGUGGAUGGAAGAAGUGGCCGAAAUAAGCAACGCCGUGAUGAGAGUCGGAUGGUCGGUCUGGCAGCGUAGGAUCUUUCUGUACGAAUAUCACCCUGGCUACAGGAUUGCAUAGGGUAUGGCGUUGGACAGAAUCGAGUUUCGUGUUGUUGUGUAUCAUAUUUUCUAUG